CCAUGUACAUAUGUUGUGAGCAUUAUCUUACAGUGAACAGGUGCGCAGGUACACCAUGGAGAGAAAGUCCAGCCUAUAUAGCUAGGCUGUUUUACUACAAAGAGCCGUUACACCUCAUCAACGUGGAGGAAACAUAGCUACAGUGUUGUGCUAAAAACAACGUUACCGUGAAACAAUGUGGAUUGUUACAGUGGUGGUGUCGUCACUGGCCCUGGGGUUAGGACGGGCCCAGGCUGGUACCGAAGCUGAGGGCGUACAAUUCCUGGAAGAGUACAAUGCGAAGGCUGGCAUGGUUUUAAACAAAAACGUCAAAGCAUCCUGGAAUUAUUACACCAACAUCACAGAGGAAAAUCUCGAUAUCAUGACGGCAUCCAAUUUAGAGUAUGCCGCAUUCUCUAAGGAAGUUGCUAGGAACAUCACCACCAGAUUUUCAAACUGGAACACAUACACUAACGCAAGCGUUAAAAGACAAUUCAAGAAGCUUGUUGACAUUGGGUUUGCAGCUAUCAACGACACAGAGAAACUGAAAUCAAUAUCCACAUUGGAGGCCGAGUUAACGGGUAUAUACAGUACCGGCAAGGCGUGUCUUCCAGAGUUCGGUAAAGGAUGUUUGUCUCUCGAACCAGGCCUGACGGACUUGAUGGCAGGGAGUAGAAACUAUCAGGAAUUGUUGGCUGCUUGGAAGGGAUGGCGUGACGCAUCGGGAAAGAAAAUGAAGUCGAAGUACACACAGUUUGUUAACGUCAUGAAUGAGGCCAUUGCUUUCAGUGGUUACAAUGACACUGGUGAAUACUGGAGAUCGUGGUAUGAGACGCCAUCUUUUGAGGAGGACGUUAAAAACCUGUAUGAACAGUUACGUCCAUUAUAUGAACAGCUCCACGCCUACGUCCGCCGGAAGUUGAUGAACAAAUACGGAAAGCAGUACUUUCCGGAUAAUGGACACAUCCCCGCUCAUUUGUUUGGUAACAUGUGGUCACAGGAUUGGGGCAAUAUAUACGACCUUGUGGAGCCCUACCCUGACGCUACCAGCGUGGAUAUCACAGCCAAAAUGUUGGAAAAGGGAUACAACAUCACACAUAUGUACCGAGUUGCGGAAGAGUUCUUCACUUCAAUCGGUCUCGAUCCUAUGCCGGCAGGAUUCUGGACUAAAUCAAUGCUAGAAAAACCGGCCGACCGAGAAGUAGUGUGUCACGCGUCGGCCUGGGACUUCUACGACGGACAGGAUUUCAGGAUUAAGCAAUGUACAACGGUUACAGAAAGUCAACUUCUUACCGUUCACCAUGAGAUGGGACACGUGAUCUAUUACUUAACAUACGUCAAUCAGCCCGUUCUCUUCCGCAGGGGAGCUAACCCUGGUUUCCACGAGGGCAUGGCUGAUAUCGUGAGUCUGUCGUUCCAAACUCCUGAACACAUGAAGGCGAUUGGGCUGCUAGACGAAAUACCAACGGAUAAUAAGAGUGACCUGAACUUCUUACUUAAGAUGGCUCUUGAUAAGGUCGCUUUUCUACCUUUUGGCUACCUGAUUGAUCAAUGGCGCUGGAGCGUGUUUAAAGGGGCAACAACUCCAGGAACAUACAACCAUGACUGGUGGGAUCUACGAUGUCAAUAUCAAGGUAUAUCACCUCCAAUUGAAAGAUCAGAGGAUGAUUUUGAUCCUGGAGCAAAGUAUCAUAUUCCAGGCAAUACCCCAUAUAUAAGGUAUUUUGUCAGCUACAUCCUCCAGUUCCAGUGGCACAAAGCGCUUUGUGAUGAGAUCGGAUAUGUGGGGCCACUACACAGAUGUGAUGUCUAUCGCGACGUAUCCGCCGGUAAUCUGUUGAGAGAGAUGUUGAAGCUGGGUUCAUCGAAACCAUGGCAGGACGCCAUGGAGGUGAUAACUGGAUCCCGUGAAAUGAGUGUUCUACCCAUGGUGGAGUACUUUGAUCCAUUAUUGCAAUGGCUGAAGGAACAGAACAAGGAAGAGAACAUUGGUUGGAGUUCAUCCUGUCCAACAAACAUUCCGUCGCCCUAUCCUCCUAGCCCUACUUCCGCCUCCAGCAACAUCAAUCCAUCCACUCUCCUGGCCAGUAUGGUUCUGUUGGCGUUAACACUUUUUGUUUAGAUAGUCCUUAUUAUUUGUUGUUUCAUUUCGUGUGGACAUUUCAAGCAUUAUUCAUUGUGUAAAGGAUAUACAGCUAGUGGUAUUUCGCUAUAGUAUCAUUUUCCUUUAAAGUUAUGUUAUUUCGAAUCGUGCUGACCUGCUUUCGCAAUUAUACUUAAGCAGUUCAUGUAGCAAAUGACAACAUAGCAUGCAUAUGUUUGAUGCUAAGCAAAUUAUGGUAAUUGUGUACAUAUAUUGUGUUAUUAUCUCAAUGUUAAUUUAAUAAACCGCCUUUAUCGCCUAUACGCUAAUCAUAUAAACAGAUAUGAACUUGACUUGAUCAAUUCAUACAUCGGCAGUAAUAUAGCUUUAGCGAUUUCUCUCUUAUUGGGAAGUUAGCAUGUUUGAUAAUAAAAGGAUUGAUGUUUUUAAUAAUUAACUUUAUUUAUUGAGGAUUAAAAACCUGAUUCAGGGUCCUUCCUCUAUAUUAGUAAAAUGUGUUAAAUUUACUUAGUGUUUCUUAAAACAUAGUAAUAUGAAUUAAACAUAAAUGACAUCUAAAAUAUAAGUUAUGAGAUUGCUGAAAAUAUUACAUGCAAUUGCAUAGUACAAUACAUGAAAUAUCACAGAAAGCAUACAUCUCAUGCUUUGAAGGUCUGAUAAUAGUUAAAUGGCCGGAGCCUUAUAUACAUAUAUGUUAAUAUAGCAAAGUAUAAAAACUGCCAGGAUAUACAUACGCUAAUAUAGUAUAUCCUGUUACAUCUUUGAUGUUAUUGUUAUUUUUGUAACUAUCUAUAUUGUAAACAUUAAUUGUUAAAAUCAUAAAAUUGCAUAUCAGAGACUAUUUGAAAUCGAGAGUGUAUUUUCUAAAUAUAUGAUUUAUAUGUUAA